AUUAUUAGAGUGACGUCCCUUUGUUGAAGUCAUUUCCCAAAACUUGGUGAUGGACACGUUAUGAGAAACUACAAGCAUGAAAGGUUCGCUCGAUUAUUCCGUUGAUGUCCUACACAUGAUUGUUGUCGAGAAGAUUAAGUCACUUUGACAAGACAGUUUCAUCAGAUUCACUGAAGUCAAAGUGCACAGAUCGAAAGAACAAAGUACACUGACAAGAAAAUGACGUCCCUCCUGUCUUAUGUUUUAUCUGUUCUGAAAAGAAGACCCCCACCCAGGGCCAGCAAACACAACCUCCCUCAACCAAGGGUCUGCCAUCUUGAAUUGGGAGCAGACGUCAUUCGGGACAGGAAAGUCUUCGUAAUCGGGGACGUUCACGGCUGCUAUGACGAACUGUGUGAACUGAUUGACAAAGCUAAACAGAAAGAGCCCAAUAUUCUGUGUGUAUUUGUUGGAGAUUUAAUCAACAAGGGCCCCAAGAGCAAAAAAGUACUAGAACUAGUUCAAAGCAUGGAGUGCUACUCAGUACGUGGUAACCAUGACGAUGUGGUCCUCCAUGAAUAUUACAGAUCCAUCGGGGACCCAAAUUGCGUUAUGAAGGAUAAAAAUAAAUGGAUAAAAGACCUACCAUGGACCGAUUUUGAAUAUUUAAAAGAUUUACCAUACACGAUAUCCAUUCCAAGUUUGAACGCAACCAUAGUUCACGCAGGUCUCAUUCCGGGCUGGGGAUUCGAAGGGCAAGACUUCACGGCUAUGACUCACAUGAGGAAUAUAGAACAAUUGUAUACAGUAUUUCAUGGCCUGUAUCCCACCCUCAUCCCAUCUGAGAGUUCAAAGGACGGAGUUCCCUGGGCUUCCUUGUGGCCGGGCCCUGAUCAUGUGUACUUCGGUCAUGAUGCGGUACGUGGUCUUCAGAUGUAUCAAUAUGCUACCGGCCUUGACACUGGUUGUGUGUAUGGAAAGUGCUUGACGGGUGUUUUCCUGGAUGGAACAAGAGAGAUGAUAUCAGUGAAAUCCAAACAGCCAGACAUGUUUUCAAAGACUGAUUAAAGAUCUUAGACUUUGUUUAUGUUUGUUUUAUGUUUUUUAACAUGAUUGUGCUUUAAGUCACACUUUUAUCAUCUCUUGGUUUAUUUGGAUAUUCAUGAACAAGUUUAGUGAUAAUAAAAAAUGUUAUGACUUUA